AUGAAAUAAAAUGCAAAAAAUAGAUUUUGUGAUUUAGUUCAUGCAAUAAAACAACGAAAUCCUGAAAGGUGUUUGAUAAUGAUUUUAGAUUCAAUAACAGCUAAAAUUUUAAGUUCAAUAAUGAAGCUUAAAGAUUUAAUAGAUAUGGGAGUAUCUACAAUUGAAAAAUUGGAAUUAUAACGUAAAGCUUAUCCAAAAAAUGAUGCUUUUUAUUUCAUAACACCUUCAGAUGAUUCAGUAAAUAGAUUACUUGGUGAUUUUAAGGAAUAAUAAAUGUAUAGAAAAAUUAAUGUAAUUUUUUCUUACAAUUUACCUUAAAGACUAUUAGAAUAAAUAUGCAAAUCAAAUUUAGCUAAUCGAAUAAUUCAGAUAAAAGAAUUUAAUCAUCAUCUUUAUUUUCUUGAUGAUAAUUGCUUCCAUUUUGAAAUUUAAUAAAUACACUUUGAUGAUAUGAUUCAAGUUGUAUAAUUAUUUUUAUCUUCAUUACCAUCAAUGAGACCAUUCUAAUGUGUUAAAUUAUCAACAUUAAAAAAUAAUUAAUUUGCAUAAUUAUUUGCUAAUUAUUUACCUAGAGUACUUGAUAAUUGGGAAAGAACAAAUUAAAUGAUAAAAGAUGAUGGAGGAGAAUUACAUUUCUUAAUAUUAGAUCGUACUUUCGAUCUUCUUACACCUUUAUUACAUGAUUUUCAUUAUGAAUCUUUAAUUGUAGAUUUGUUACCUUAAAGUUUCUCUCCUUUUGAGUGUGAAGAUUAUGUUUAUUAAAAAUACAGAUAUAAACAUAUUGCACAUGCUUUAGAAGGAAUACCUUAAGAAUUUCAAAAGAUGGUUAAUACUAAUCCAUCAGCUUUAAUUCAUAAAGGAGACUUUAAAGAAUUGGAUACAUAAAAAAUGUAAGAAAUUAUAAGUACGAUGCCAAAUUACAAUAGCUAAUUGAAGGAUUUUACUUUCCAUAUGAAUUUAAUAGAUUAAAUUUGGAAAUAAUUUGAAACUAAAGGUUUAAAAGAUCUUGGAGAACUAGAAUAGGCACUUGCUACUGGUACUACUAAAUAAGGAAAUCAAACUAAAUCAGAUUAAUUAUAUUAAGAGGUUUUAUAUAUGUUAUAAUCUAAAAUAAUUUAAGAUAAUGAUAAAGUUAGAUUAGUUUUAAUCAUUUUACUAACUGUUUAGAUGCCAGAAAAUGAACGUAAAUAGAUUCUUGAUAAAAUUAUAGAUAUGAAACCAUUUUAUGGAUUAUAAAAAUUAGGAUUUGAUUUUGAUAAAAUGAUAUCAAACAGAAUUACAAAAAAGAUUAAUAAAGCAUCAAGAUUACUUGCUAAAUAAAAAUUAAGUUAAAUGACUUUAGAACUAUAAAGAUAUACACCUGAAAUUGAAAUACUUUUGAGUGAUCUUUUGGAUGAUAAUAAAUUUAAUACAGUCACUUUAUAUGGAUCUAAUUCAAUUCCAAAAAAUAAUAUUAUUUAAUAAAGUUUAAGAUCAAAAAAAGAAGAAUAAGUAGAAUAAAUUAGUGUUUGUGUAUUUGUUUUAGGUGGAAUUAGUCAUUCUGAAGUUUGUGCAAUAAGAAACUUUUAUUCAAAUAAAUUAAAAUAAGUAUUUAUUGGGUCAACUUAAAUAUUAAGUCCAUCUUAAUACUUAGAUCAGUUAAGAAAUUUGAGCUAGUUAUGA